UUCAUGUAAGGCUGAAGAGGAAGUGGUUUGAACGUUUCGUUUCGUUUAGCAGGUUUCGAAACAUACAUCAUUUUAGGACUUUAACUCGAUUUUUAUCUUUUAUCAGAUUACAUUUAGCGUCUGCCAUUCCCGGCGUCAUCUCCUCAGCGGUGGUACUCCCACAUACCGAGUGUAGCAACAGUAGUGAUAUCAAAGCACAGAUGUUGAAGAAAAAGCGAGGUCACGCGUGUUUGGUGGCCACCAGUAUGGGCUCGUUUGUGUUGUUAAUGAUGGUGCUGUACGGUACCUUUGGCACGCAGCCCGGCAGCAGCAACUCCUCCAGCCCGAGACGCGAGUACCAGCUGCUGGGCAGACCUCUGUACAAACUGGAGCUGAGCUGGCCAAAGAACCCGGAACUCUUCACGGGGGACGUGUUUGCUGUGGCCGUGGACCAGUAUGCUGGGGUCGUGUAUGUGGCCCAGAGAGGCGACAUUAUUCCCAAGGUGCUGGUGUUCACCACUGAUGGAGAUUUCCUAAUGCCCUGGAACACAACCACCCUGGAGAUGCCUCAUGGGAUGUUUAUAGCUGAUGCAGCCUCAUCAAACCCCACUGUGUGGAUCACAGAUGUGGGGAAUGGCCAAUAUGGCCACUGCAUUAAACAGUACUCACCAUCUGGGAACCUCCUUCAGGUGCUUGGUACACCAGGGAAGGCAGGCUCUGGGUUAAACCCUCUGCAGUUUGACCAGCCAGCUGAGAUUUUCAUUCACAGCUCCGGGGAAAUGUAUAUCGUGGAUGGUGACGGUGGAAUGAACAACCGCCUCAUCAAGCUUUCUAAAGAGCAGGAGGUGUUGUGGAUGCAUGGGGAGAAAGGCCAAGGCAUGGCUCAGUUCUACAUCCCCCACAGUGUGACUGUGGACAACUCCCAGAGGGUGUGGGUGGCCGACCGAGGCAAUAAAAGGAUCCAGGUCUUUAACUCCGUCACUGGGGAGUGGCUUGGAACUUGGGGGAGCUGCUUCACCGAGGACGCGCCCUACUCUGUUCGCCUGACUCCAGACAAGAAGUAUUUUGUCGUUGUCCAGCUCAACACCAAUCAGAUAUCACUGUUGGAUGCACCUCCAGUGGGUUUAAUUGGCCAGUGUAGAGUGGUCAGUGUGAUCCAGCUGGCUGAGGAAGUGAAGCCCCACCUGGUGGACCUGGACGUAAAGACUGGGGCUCUGUAUGUGGCUGAGAUCGGAGCCCAGCAGGCUCAGAAAUUCAUCCCUUUCAGUCUGGAUGGAAGUUUCCUUUAGAGCCAUACAUGGCUUUAAGUGAACAGUUGGAAUGGUUUAGUAAUGUAGGAAACUGUGCCGGUCAUAAGACUGUUCAAUUAAUUUAAACAUGGACUGAAAAUGCUCCCCUGUAUUAUUUUGUGAUCUGCAGUCCAUGUGACCCAGAAAAAGAAAAUACAAACACAAUUUAUCAACCCUGCUUAAAAUAUACAGUAUCCUUCAACAGUUGACAGUAAGUACAUGGCACUAGUUUACAACCUUGUGUAUACUGUAUGAAUGCUGUCUGAAUAAUUUACAUUUAAAUCAACAUUAUUCAUCUAUCUGUAUAUCUCAUCCUUUGAGAGUUGCGAGAUCCUGAACAUGUCCUCAAAACUUCACAACAAGUGACGACAUUUAUCUUUAAGUGUCUUACAAUAUCUGUUUAUCGCCAAGACAGCUUGAUUUAUCUUUUUAUGGAUGUGUUAGGUUAGUAGUUUGGGGAUUUGCUAGUUGUCUAAGAACCAAUCUUAACCUCACAUGGGACCCUGCAAACCCUCAGGUGUCCGAGUCCUGCCUUUUAAAAACACAGCACUUCACAGACUGGACUAAAUUAACACAUUUUAACACUGUGGAGCUAUGUUACUUUAUAAGGAAACAGCAAAAAUGUCCUAUGAUUAAGCUUUUGCUGUCUUAAAAAUGAAUGAAUGAAUGUAAAGUCAUAAAAGUAAGUUUUAUGAAAAGAAAAUUGGUAUUAAUAUACAGGAAAUGUAUUUACCUGUCACUUAAAGACAUGAUACUUUUAAUUUAAAAUACUAGUAUAUUUGGAACAAAACCACUUCUAUGUAGAGAUUUGAUAUUUGUCAUCAGUUUCAGUCUGAUAAUGGUCACAAUCACUGGAUCGGAGAUCAGUAAAAGAAAAAGUACCCUAAAUAUCAAAUAGUUCCUUAAGGUCAGGAUUUAAAUGUGGCAUGUGGUGCUCAGGUGAGCUACGUGGAAUUAUUUUUAAGAUAAUAUAGGGAAAAUAUUGAGUAGGUGGGUCUAAUGUUGUGAUAAAUAAAUACAUAAAAAAGUGGACUUACACUAUAUUGGUAUCGGAAACACAAAAGUGGUAUGGAGCCAUCCCUACGUUUCUAUUUUUUAAAGAUAAUCACGUGGGCAAUUAAUUCUUCAGUGUUUUGUGGAGUUGUGUGUUCUUUCUUAUGACUUUUCUUGACAUUGCACUCCUGGAAAGGACCAGAGCUUUAAGCCCUAUUGUGCUUUUUUUUUAGUAUUUCAGCCUUUUAAAUGAACCCUGGUGAGGUGUCACAUAAACAAACAAAAGUGAGGCUGUUUUUCCAUGUUUGACAAUUCAUUAUAUUAUUUGCAUCCAUGUGUAGAAGUUUACAGAUUGUUGAUUAGGUACAAUAUGACAUGAUGUUGUUGUUGUUGACAUAGGGACAUACAGAAGUAUCCAAGGCCGUUUUUUAAGACAUUCUGCACGUGAAACGUGUGUAAAAGGCUGGAACAGAACUGUUUUUCCACAUUGUUUGAUUUUCCUUGACUGUGUGUUGUUUUCUGUACAUGUAUGUGAUGGUUACAGUAUGAGAAGUAUUGGGGUAACUGAACUGUUUUGUAAUGUACCUGGAGGCACAGUAUCAUACCGUGGAAACUCAAAAUACUUGCACUACUCAAAAUUUUAUCAAGAUUACACGUCAGUUUAGUUCUGGAGCUUUGUCAGUUCAAGAAAAACGUUCAAGAUUCCAUAAAUUAUAUGUAAUAUGUAUAUAUAUACACACACACACAUAAGUAUGUGUAUAAACCAGUGGAGAACAGAAAGACACAAUUUUAAGGCCUUUUCUAGGAGUCAUAUUGUGUUUGUUACUACUUGUGGGAGUGUUCUUUUAUUUUUUUAAUUUAUUUUAUAUUUUAAAUCACAUCCGUUGUUAAUUAUUCCAUUAAAACUGUACAUGAAGGAUUUUAUGCUGUAACCUUAUUAAUAUUCCCAAUACUUACAGUAGCCAGAUCAGACUGACUUAUGAUGAAUGAAUUAUUAUACUGUUAUUUAUGUUUUGUGGUGACUUGAUUAUUAACAUGUGAUUUAUUCCCAUGAUGCACUUUUAUGUCUUGUUAUCCUUAAAAAAAGGUGAUAUGUUAAGCUCCUUUUUGUUUGUGUGUUCAGUGUUCAAAUCCUAAAUCAGAUCAAUUGAAAUUGCAUGCAUUUCUUUGCACAACAUGAUGAUAUUGACAUUAUGAUAUGAUAUUACUGAUAAUCGGUUUGAGUGUUUCUGUUUUUUUCU